AUGGCAAACCCUCCCGCCGCUGCUGCUGCAACCGGAGACCCUCGAUGUCGCCUCUCAGCUUCCAUUGAAGCAAUAUGCAAGAGGAGGUUUCGGAGAAAUAACAAAAGCGGUGGCAGAUCGGAUAUGGUGAAACCUUUUAAUAUCCUCAAUUUUCCGACACAAGAGAAAAACAGUAGUUGUUGUUGCAGCAUGUUUCAGAUCGUGAAGGUUCUGUUGUGUAUCUUUUUAUCGGCUACUCUCUUCACCAUCAUAUAUUCCCCUGAAGCUUAUCAUCAUUUUCUUUCCCACUCUUCUAGAUGGUUAUGGAGAAGACAAGAUCCAAGAUAUGUUUCGGACCUGGAGAUAAGUUGGGACGAUGUGAUCAAAACCAUUGAGAGCGUUCAAGAAGGCCUUACGAUCGGUGUCUUAAAUUUCGGUAGGAAGGAGAUCCGACAGUGGAGAGAGGUAGCCAAGACUAAAGACAACGAGGAUGAUGAAAACGUUGUUGAAUUAGAUUUAGAGCACGCAGAUAAGAACGUGACUUGGGACGCACUCUACCCAGAGUGGAUCGAUGAGGAGCAAGAAAAAUAUGUCCAUGUUUGUCCUAACCUCCCAAAGAUCAAAGUGCCUACAAGAAGACUAGAUCUGGUCGUUGUGAAGCUUCCUUGUCUGAAAGAAGGAAACUGGUCAAGAUACGUCGCGAGAUUGCAUCUGCAGAUGGCGGCAGCAACGGUGGCAGCUUCGGCGAAAGGCAGAGGUCACGUGAUGUUUGUCUCGAGAUGUUUCCCGAUGCCGAAUCUAUUUUGGUGUAAGGAUCUCGUGUCUCGGAGAGGCGAUGUUUGGUUGUAUAAACCUAAUCUUAAUACCUUGCGAGACAAGCUUCAGCUUCCUAUAGGUUCUUGUGAGCUCUCUCUUCCUCUCGGCAUGAAAGAGAGACCAAGCUUAGGAAACCCUAAAAGAGAAGCUUACGCAACAAUUCUUCUCUGCGGAGCAAUCGCGGCGGCUCAGAGCAUAAGACAGCCUGGCUCAAAUAGAGACCUCGUGAUCCUCGUCGAUGACCGAAGUGGACUCGAAGCCGAUGGUUGGCAAAUCAGGACGAUACAGAGGAUUCGAAACCCUAAAGCAGAGAAAGACGCUUACAACGAGUGGAACUACAGCAAGUUCAGACUAUGGCAACUCACUGAUUACGACAAAGUCAUCUUCAUAGAUGCAGAUCUGUUGAUCUUGAGAAACAUCGAUUUCUUGUUCCUGAUGCCUGAGAUCUCGGCUACGGGAAACAAUGGCACUCUGUUUAACUCGGGAGUUAUGGUGAUCGAGCCUUGCAACUGCACGUUUCAGCUUUUGAUGGAACAUGUAAACGAGAUUGAGUCGUAUAACGGUGGAGAUCAAGGUUACUUGAACGAGGUGUUCACGUGGUGGCAUCGGAUUCCGAAACACAUGAAUUUCUUGAAGCAUUUUUGGGUUGGGGAUGAAGAUGACGUGAAGCGCAAGAAAACGGAGUUGUUUGGAGCAGAGCCUCCUAUUCUUUAUGUUCUUCAUUACCUGGGGAUGAAGCCGUGGCUAUGUUACCGUGACUAUGACUGUAACUUCAACUCCGACAUAUUCAUUGAGUUUGCGACAGAUUGAAGGGUCUAUAUUGCUCACUGACGAUGGUGGAUGGUCCACGACGCAAUGCCACAGGAGCUUCACCAAUUUUGUUACUUGCGAUCCAAGCAAAAGGCUCAGCUGGAAUAUGAUCGCCUGCAAGCUGAGGCUGCGAACUAUGCCGACGGCCACUGGAAAAUUAGAGUGAAGGACUCGAGAUUCAAGAUAUGCAUCGAUAAAUUGUGUAAUUGGAAAAGCAUGUUGCGGCAUUGGGGAGAAUCAAACUGGACAGACUACGAGUCUUUUGUACCAAUACCACCGGCCAUCACAGCCGUCCAGAAAACCUCGCUUCCCGGCCAUAACUUGUGA